UUCUGACUCACCGCACUCAAACUCUCAGGGAGAAGCAGUGCGAGCUCAGCUGAGAGAGCUCGAGCAAGUUGAUCUGACAGAGAGUUUGUCCGUCGCCGUCAGGAGGAAACAAACCAGGGGGACUUAAACGUCCUCGAGAUGACGACAAAAACCUCCCUCGAUCGAAACGGAUAUCCUUAGCUCUACGCUGGACCCUGUUCGUUUCCCGUUGAUGGCUUAGCAGGUAUGGCCUCACAGGUUACGGUCUGCCCACCACAUGUUUAUCAACCCCAGACAAGUGCCUUUUGCAGAGCGAAGAAAAUCGAUCCCAGCAGCUGUGUUUACCAUGAGAAGAUCCCUCGCACUUAUGUGGUCGGUGUGAAUCUAGGCAUUGCGCACCCUACGGAUAUUAUACCUUUAUCGAGAAUCGAAGCUUUAACCAGCGAGAAACCCUGCGCUGCAUGGGACAUCUCGAAACAGACUGAAACAGCUCCACAGGAGCUCCUUGGAAGGGCUUCCUCGCCAUACAAACGUGUGGCAUCGGAGGGCGACCUUCAGUAUUUCUCCAGAGCGGCCGCGGCAGUUGAAGAAGAAAGUGGAGACAGUGGCCAAAACAGCCAAAGUGGUAGUAGUAGAAACAGUGGCGGUGCUCCGGAAGGGGCGGAGAGAAUCGAGAGGAACGGUGGUUUGAAUUCGUUUGACAGAACCCAAAGAUGUGGGUUUAAAUGCAAAGGGGCUGAGCUUGAGAACGACAAGAGCAUCAUGCAGAUAGUAGAGGAGCAUUCGACUCUACCUGCCAUGUUGCAAACAAACGUUGGGAGCACCACCGUGGUAGGCGUGGCCCUGCCCGAGCAGAACAGAACUGGGACGAGAGCCGUGAAUGGGACAGUCGAUGGCGACUAUCAGUUAGUCCAACAUGAAGUGCUGUGCUCCAUGAAGCACACCUACGAAGUGUUGGAGUUCUUGGGACGUAGUACGUUCGGUCAGGUGGUCAAAUGUUGGAAGCGAGGCACCAAUGAGAUCAUGGCAGUGAAGAUACUGAAGAACCACCCAUCGUAUGCCCGCCAGGGCCAGAUCGAGGUGAGCAUCCUGGCCCGACUUAGCGGGGAGAACGCAGAGGAGCAUAACCUGGUGAGGGCUUUCGAGUGCUUCCAGCACAGAAACCACACCUGUCUGGUGUUCGAAAUGCUGGAGCAGAACCUGUACGACUUCCUCAAGCAGAACAAGUUCAGUCCGUUGCCACUGAAGGUGAUUAGGCCCGUUCUGCAACAGGUGGCCACGGCGCUUAGGAAGCUCAAAAGCUUGGGCCUGAUCCAUGCCGAUCUUAAACCAGAGAACAUUAUGCUGGUAGAUCCUGUGAGGCAACCCUUCCGUGUGAAAGUGAUUGACUUUGGCUCUGCCAGCCACGUCUCCAAAGCUGUGUGUUCGACGUACCUGCAGUCUCGCUACUAUAGAUCGCGUGAAUGCCUGGCCCCCAUUUGGAGCGGACUUGCUCUUGCUUCAGAUGAAGAAGAUCUAAUUGGCCAGAUUCCUGGACUAAUGAGCAACCUGAAGGGUUCAGUG